UUGAAACAAGAAAAACUUUUAAUGGAAAAUAAAGUUAAGCGUCAACAUUUACUUCUUUCAAAACAACUUGAAAGCUCCAAGAAAUGCAAUAAAAUAUUCAGUACUAGUCUUUUAAAUCUGAAGAAAAACAAUUUUGCACUGAACAGACAAAUUAAUGCAACAGUUGAAAAAAUUGUUAAUAUCGAAAAGGAAAAUAGGAUUUUGAUUGAAAAUAACAGCAAGUUAGAGAAGGAAAUUAGUAAUCUUCAGCAGAACUGUGAUUAUAUGGAACAGCUUCUGAAUGAUGACAGGUCAAUUGAACUUUUUGAUAGCUCAACAAAUUCUUUCUCGGCUAAAACUAUGGAAUGUGUUAUGAAUUUAAGCAAUUGUAACGUUGCUCAUCAUAAAAUACCGGACGUUAUCAAAUCUGUUCUUGCGUUAGCUGACAAGGAGCCAGAUAGAGUCCCUAAAAGAGCUACAAUUGACAGUAUUGUUUCUGCAAAGGCAGUAAUUACUCAAAAACAUUUAUCAAAUGUGUUGCCUUCAAAACAGAAUCUUACAUUGUAUACAGAUGAGACAAGAAAAUUUGGAAAAACAUACAACACAUACAUUGCAACAGAUGAAAAUCAGUCCCCAUACUUUCUUGGGUUGCGUGAAAUGUACAAUAAGUCAGCUCAGACAGCAUUUGAUACUUUACUUUGUAUUUUACAAGAUUUGAGUGAUUCAGUUACAGAUCUAGAUAAUAAAGUUGGUGAUAAAAUUGUCAGUAACAUUGUAAAUACUAUGUCUGAUAGAGCAAGCACAGAAAAGGCAUUCAAUAAUAUUUUAGAGGAGUAUAGGAAGAAAAUCCUCCCAACUGUUACAGAUGGCUGGACUGAUUUAAGUAGUGAACAGCAAACAUCAUUGACAAGUAUGCAUUCAUUUUUCUGUGGAUUACACCUUUUAGUUGCUUGUGCAGAGGUCAGUCAGAAGUGUCUGCUAGAGUAUGAGAAAACACUGAAGGAAAACAUUGGAUUAGAGAGAGAUGAUGAAAUAAAGUCUGAAUAUUUAAAUACAUCAGAGUGUGCUACUGUUCGGUUAAUCAGAGCUGCUAGUAAAUGUUUGUCAAGGGGUGGGGAUGAAAAAAGUGGAUGUUUCAGUGAUUUUCAAGCAUACCUUUCUAUGUCUGGAAGACGUGUAAAAUUCAUAAGAUUCCAUGGGAACCGGUUUAAUGUCAUAUUUCUGUUAGCUGAAGUACUUUACUAUCAUAGAAAUGAUGUAGUUUAAUUUUUCGAGGAAAUACAUAUUCCAAGCAAUAAACUUCAGAAAGCUGUUUUGAUGGAUGCAAAAGAAAAGAUUCUGAUAUCAGGAUGCAAAGUACUUGGACUUAUUUCAAAGCUUGUCACAGCACCUCUGUGGCGGGUACUAGAAAGUGGCACACAUAUUUUACAGAUGAAUGAUAAUUACCAUGUUUUGCUCCAGUAUUUGGAUAGAAUUUCUAAAGAUCCUGCAGAAUUUCUAUUGGGGGACUGUUGUGCAUUCAAUGAACAGUAUAUUCACAGGGAUGAAGUUUUUUGAGUGUCUUGUACAACCAAAUGAUGACAUUGACCAUUAUGCAGAGCAGAUAGUGAAAACAUUAGCUACAGCAUUACAUUCAUUACUUGAGAGAAUGGUUGG